UCUUUGCCGGAAUGGAUCGUUGGCAGAAUCGCGUGGCCGUAAUCAGUGGCGCCAGCUCUGGCAUUGGAGCAGCCUGUGCCCGUCUCCUCGUUGCCGCCGGCCUUCAGGUGGUGGGUCUGGCUCGUCGCACCGAUCGCCUGGAGCAAUUAAGGAAAUCCCUGCCCGAGGAGCAGAGGAAACGCUUCCAUCAGCACACUUGCGAUGUGUCGAAGGAGGAGCAGGUGGACACUGCCUUCGAGUGGAUCGAAAAGGAACUGGGUGGAGUCGAUGUCCUGAUCAAUAAUGCUGGCAUUGUCCUCGGCGGUCAGCUGAUCGAUAUGCCUACCAAGGAUAUUGGCAACAUUCUGCAAACGAAUCUCAUGGGCAGCAUCUAUUGCACCAAAUGGGCAGCCGGAAGCAUGAGGCGUCGCCAGGUGGCAGGACACCUGUUCUUUGUGAACAGCACAGCUGGAGUGGCGGGUUAUAAACCAGAUCCAGCGGACGAGAGUCUAAAUGCCUAUACCCCAAGCAAAUUUGGUCUAACAGCUGUGCAUGAGAUUUGCCGGCAGGAGCUGAUCCAAAAGGGUUCUAGGAUCAAGACCACGAGCAUCAAUCCCGGCUGGGUGGCCACCGAAAUAGUGCCCGACGAGACCAAGGCCAAACUGGGUGAGGUGAUCCUGCAGGCUGAGGAUGUGGCCCAGGCUGUGCUAUAUGCUUUGGGAACCCCUCCUCAUACCCAGGUGGAGCAGAUAACGCUGAGGGCGGUGGGCGAGUACUACUGAGUGACCUUCUCCAGAUAUCGCUAUGCUGAUAAAACCAGCUCCCAGAUUAGGCCAUCGACACACAAUAACAAUCAAAUGGAGGCGAACGACCUACAAACACACUCACACACACACAAUCAAGACACAAUUACACACAAACACCCCAAAGAAACACAGUGAGAAAUAAGGGAAGAAGAAAGAAAAUAGACUACAAUUAAAACAAAAACGAAAGCAAACUUGUUUGUAUUUUAUAAAGCAUUUAAUAGUUAUAGCUUCUUGAUAUUCUAUUUAAUUCUUUUACUAUCUUUCUUCUCCAUUUUUCUCACAGUGCAUAUACACACACACACUAUACACACUCUUUCGGUUGACCACAAAAUUGUUUGCUUUCACCUCGUUUCAUUUUACUUUUAUUGUUACUGUUACGAUUAUUUGUUCUGCGCUUUCUCCAGUCUCUCAAACCCACUUUUCCUUGCCCAUAGCUAAAUAAAUAAUUCAGUUUUAUAAAUUACUAAA